AUGGCCACGACCAAUAACACUCCACUCUCGGCGAACGAACAACUGAUGCUUGAUGAUAUCUGCAACACCUUGGAGAAUGCUCAACUUUCCCAGUGCCCCAAUUGCCCACUCACAGGCGUUUCUGGCAGCACCCAUUGCCAUGGUUUCAAAUGCGGAUCCAAAUUGCCCGGCUCAAUUUCUGAGGUAAAGUGGGCUUGUGCAACGCGCAUACUCAACAUUGUGUGGCUGUACGUGCAACAGCAUGGGCCGCUUGACCAUGUUCUUGAACUAGUCAUUCUUGAGUUCAUUGAUCCCGCCAUCGAGCCGGACUCAGAAUGGAUUAUUGAGCACUUCAACCCAGCAUUGAUCCUCCUGAAGAACUAUCGUGCAGAGAUCCUUUGA